UAAGGAGAAGUUUUCAAGAACAUGGCUCGUACCAAGCAAACUGCCCGUAAAUCCACCGGUGGUAAAGCCCCCAGGAAGCAGCUCGCUACAAAAGCCGCUCGCAAGAGUGCGCCCUCUACUGGAGGGGUCAAGAAACCUCAUCGCUACAGGCCGGGUACUGUGGCUCUCCGUGAAAUCAGACGUUACCAGAAGUCCACCGAACUUCUGAUACGUAAACUUCCCUUCCAGCGUCUGGUGCGUGAAAUUGCUCAGGACUUCAAAACAGAUCUGCGCUUCCAGAGUGCAGCAAUUGGUGCUUUGCAGGAGGCAAGUGAAGCCUAUCUGGUUGGCCUGUUUGAGGACACCAACCUAUGUGCUAUCCACGCCAAGCGUGUCACAAUCAUGCCAAAAGAUAUCCAGCUAGCACACCGCAUACGUGGAGAACGUGCUUAA